GUUGCCAAACCAGCCUGGCGAGGCGACCGGUCUCCAUCUCCUCACUCCAGUCCUCACCUCAGUACAGCCCGAGCCAGUAACAGUAUCACUUCAAGGCAGUGCGGUCGCGUCGUCAACUAACCGGCACCCGUUUUUUAGAACAAUGAAGAAGUCAGGUCUGGAGGCUGGAGGCUCGCAGAAGGGGCCCACGGAGACCACACCGCUCGUCGGAAAGGACGGCUCCGGCGGCGGCGGCGGCGAUGGCGGCGGCUCCAGCAAGGGAGGGUUCGGAGGGCUCUCAGUGAACCAGGUGGCUCUGCUGAUCGCUGGAGAGAUGGCCGGCAGCGGAGUCCUGGCUUUACCCAGGGCAUUGACCAAGACCGGCUGGGUGGGAGUCCCCAUCAUCAUCAUCAUGUGCGUGAUCGCGGCGUUCAGCGGCAAGCGUCUCGGCGACUGCUGGUCCAUGGUGGAGGCACGGGACCCUGAGAUGAGGAGCCGGCAACGCACCCCGUACGCCAUUAUUGCCAACCAGGCGCUUGGGAAGAAGUGGAGCGUGGUGGUUUCCAUGGCUAUGAUGGCCACUCUCUUCGGAGCCGCCGUGGUCUACCUGCUGAUGGCUGCCCAGAUCAUCGAGGAAGUGCUCCGGACCCUGGUCCCCACGGUCACCUUCUGCGCCUGGUUCCUCAUCGUUGCUGGGGCCACCACGCCGCUCAUGAUGUUCACCUCGCCUAAGGACUUCUCCUUCACCGGAGUCAUAGCCUUCGGCUCGACCUUCGUAGCCUGCAUCCUCUACUUCAUCCAGAUGAUGAACGACAUCCGUCCGUUCCCGACCUUCCGCCUCGGCAUCCACGGCUUCCAGGACUUCUUCCUCGCCUUCGGGACCAUCAUGUUCGCGUUCGGAGGCGCCUCCGCCUUCCCCACUAUUCAGAACGACAUGGCCGACAAGAGCAAGUUCAAUAAGAGCUUGAUGUACUCUUUUGGAGCCGUCCUAAUCCUCUACCUGCCCAUCGCGAUCGCCGGCUACGCCAUCUACGGAGAGUCCGUUGCCCCGAACCUCGCCGCCUCAGUCACCGCCACGCCUCUGACCCUAGUGGCUAACAUCCUGAUGGCAGUCCACCUGAUCGCCGCCUUCACCAUCCUCAUCAACCCCGUCUGCCAGGAGGCUGAGGAGCUGUACAAUAUCGCUCAUGACGCAACCCUCUGGCGCAUGGGUGUCCGAGUCUCCAUAAUGCUGGCCAUCCUCUUCAUCGGCGAGAGCAUCCCGCGGUUCUACACGAUCCUGGCGCUGGUGGGAGGCACCACGGUGGCGCUGCUGACCUUCGUGCUGCCGAGUCUCUGCUACCUGAAGCUGUCGGAACUGCCGCCCGCUGAGGGGCAGGUGGCUGUUCAGCAGCCAGGCUGGAUGAAGAUGGUGUGCUGGGAGGUGAUCAUCAUCGGAGCCGUCGGCGGCAUCGCGGCCACGUACAGCGCGGUCAGUGCCAUCUUCAGCACCGCACAGGCCACUCCCUGCUACCUCAAGUAGAACCCUUAAUAGCUGUAGAAUUCCAAAUCUAAAUUGGGAUAGGAGAACCUUAAGUACCGAGGUUCUGGAAGAAAACUGUUCUAAGUGCAGGUUUUUUGAUGGCAGGGUAAAAGUAACACAAACAUACCUAAUAUCAUGAGCUAAAUAACAGCCGUCCAUAGCUCCACCUAUGCUUCUGCUUAGGACGGCUAGAAAGUGACAAAUGUUGGUUUUAAUUUGUGAAUCAGGUUUCAGAAGUGUGAAAUUUAGAUUUGGAUGUCUAUAGCAUCGUCUGGUCUUAUUAGUUUUGUAAGUAUUUUUGUAACAUGUUGACAUUGAGUCUCUUAUUUGCUUUGUCUUGUAAGAUUUAUUAAAUGUUUUAGUUUUUAAGAUAAACCGUUACUGGAUGCGCAAUCAGGUCGCUUUGCAUAAUACGUAAUGCUAUUUUUAAGAUAGUUCUAUGUUACGUAUAGGCUUUGUUACGUGAAAUAAUUAAAGACAAUAAUGACAUGCGGUCACAAUCAUGAAGUUUAACUGACAAGACCGUGCAACAGAUUUCUGUACCUACUGCAUAAAUCAUCGACCUUUUCAUGAAUUUUUGUAUGUAUUUUUAAGUGAUUAUAAUAUUGAAUUUUAAAUAAAGGUUAAUAUAAAA